GCGGACACACUGGACGAGUUGGCUGAUUUCCCCCCUGGGGAGGCACCACCGCUCCUGCCGUCAGAGCCCAUCCUCUCCAGCACCCGCAUCGGCGAGCGGCCCGCCUCGCUCGGUGGUGCGCGUCGCCGUCGUCUGCGGCGCGUCGAUUCUGACGACGAGGGGGAGGGGGUGACGAGCAGUGACUACGCCGUCGCAGCACCCUUCCCCAACUUCACUUCUAUGAGCUCUCCCAUCGCCAGAAACUUCCCAGAACGUGGGAGCAGUCCCGACGCUGAUCCAUACAAGGAUUAUUCUGCAGGCGAAGGGGACAGCGACGAUUCCGGCGCGGUUCGAUCCGACGCAGAUGAUCGGCAAGUUAAUUCAGACGGUGAACAUGGUGGCGAACAUCCCGAACGUCCCGUUGACGCCGGUGUGGAUGACGUGGACGUUGAGGUCCUUAAUAGACUCAAGCGACUCGCAAAAGGUGCGGCCAAGACCGUGAAACGACCUCUACCAAAGCUCGAUCCACCUACGCUUCUUGGUGAACGUGGUCUUCCAGCCCUAGUAAAGGAGCUUGAAAGGGUCCAGUUCAAGGGACGAGGUUACGAGUUUGAAGACCUGGAGAAGUUGAUGUUUGUGUACGAGUCUUGGGCGCACAGAAUGCUACCCAAGUUCCUCUUUAACGACGUGUUGGAAAGACUGGAAGCAGUGGGUUCCAAGCGCGAAGUCCACUCAGUUCUUCAAAGGAUGCGUGCUGGCACUUGGCCACCCAUCCUCUCCUCGGAGUUCGUCCAUGAGAGCGACGAUUGCGAUUCCAAUGGCGAGACAGAACCCAAGGCAAGUCGUCCUCCAUUUUGUGCAUUCCGAUUUCUGUCGGUGAUUGACGACGUGCACCCGCCUGUUGAUCUUGAUCAAGAAAUGGUAGAACUUACUCAACCCGACCAUGAAGACGACAAGAAGUUUGUUGCCCUCCCUACGCCCGAAUCUCCACCGCGUCCUUCCACAUCAACUGCGGUAACGCAGCACGCAAAUGAGGAAUCCUUGGAAGACCGUAUUGAGAGGAAUCGACUCCUAGCUUUAGAAAGAUUGGAGGCCAGGAGACGCUUGAGUUCUCAGCAAACAACGUCAAACAUAUCCUCUUCCGGUGAGAGGACUGUUUUUCGUUAUUUUUCGGUUGGUUAA